UCCUGGUCAUAGGGAGACUGUUAUAGCAUAAGACGUUUUAUGGAAAUGAAACGCAAGAGCCCGCUAGCGCCUGCCUGGCAGAGAAACCGCAAUGCACGGGGGGUCAGGUUGUAAAAUGCUAACAGUAGAUGGCGGUAACCCAAGAAAGCUGAUCUGACAGAUCCACCAGAGCCCCCUUGUCUCAGUUUGCAUUCGCAAAAAAAUAGAGGCAGGGAAGCCGAGCAAAGCUGAAGGACAUCAAAUGAAACGCGAUCGCUCGCAGCGGCUCCUCUCGAGUUUUUCGCAGAACCAGGAGCCGGGAGUCGGCAGGUCGUGAAAACAUGGAAGACAAAUCCAAUUCCAUCUCCAGCAACAAGGACGAGAAAGCGGACGGGAAUAAUGUUUUCCAGAGGCAAGACUCGAUACAGAAGAAUAACACGGGGAGCCAAAACAUGAAAGAGCACGCCAAUUCGGUGGGCUUUAAGGGGGACAGGGAAGAAGCCAUGGUGGGCUUUGAAGAUUUGGAAGGGACGUCGAGGCAACACGGCUUCAUGCAGCGACAGUUUGGGGCUAUGAUGCAGCCCGGGGUUAAUAAGUUCUCCCUGCGUAUGUUCGGGAGCCAGAAAGCCGUGGAGAAAGAGCAAGAAAGGGUGCAAACGGCCGGAUACUGGAUCAUUCAUCCCUACAGCGAUUUUAGAUUUUACUGGGACUUGAUUAUGCUGAUCAUGAUGAUGGGGAAUCUAAUCAUCAUUCCUGUCGGAAUAACAUUCUUUUCUGAACAAACAACCACCACCUGGUUAGUGUUUAAUGUUGCCUCAGACACCAUCUUCCUGGUAGACCUGGUCAUGAACUUCAGAACAGGGAUUGUCAAUGAGGAAAGCUCUGAAAUCAUAUUGGAUCCCAAGGUGAUCAAAAUGAACUAUUUAAAAAGCUGGUUUGUGGUCGACUUCCUCUCAUCUAUACCAGUGGAUUAUAUCUUUCUAAUUGUGGAGAAAGGGUUUGACUCUGAAGUGUACAAGACUGCCCGGGCAUUGCGCAUCGUGAGGUUCACAAAAAUCCUCAGUCUCCUGCGACUUUUGCGGCUUUCACGACUCAUCAGAUACAUUCAUCAAUGGGAAGAGAUAUUCCAUAUGACCUACGACCUGGCGAGUGCCGUGGUAAGAAUAUUUAAUCUCAUUGGAAUGAUGCUUCUUCUUUGCCACUGGGACGGUUGUCUGCAGUUCCUGGUUCCCCUUCUCCAAGAUUUCCCGCCUGAUUGUUGGGUGUCGCUAAAUGGUAUGGUUGUAAGUAUUGUACAUUUUUCAUGGUGUUUGUUUGUUUUUUUCCACCUUUUCACAUACAAGCAAGUGGAGCAGUACAUGUCCUUCCACAAGCUACCUGCAGAUAUGCGACAGAAGAUACACGAUUACUAUGAGCACCGCUAUCAGGGCAAGAUCUUUGAUGAAGAUAAUAUUUUAAGUGAGCUGAAUGAUCCACUGAAAGAGGAAAUUGUGAACUUCAACUGCCGGAAGCUGGUAGCUACAAUGCCGCUGUUUGCCAACGCUGACCCGAACUUUGUGACGAGCAUGCUGAGUAAACUGAAGUUUGAAGUGUUCCAGCCCAAUGACUACAUAAUUCGUGAGGGCACUGUGGGGAAGAAGAUGUACUUCAUCCAGCACGGGGUUGCCAGCGUGAUUACAAAGCACAAUAAAGAGAUUAAGCUAACAGAUGGAUCUUAUUUUGGAGAGAUCUGCUUGCUGACUAAAGGGCGCCGCACAGCCAGCGUUCGCGCCGACACCUACUGCCGUCUUUUCUCGCUGUCCGUCGAUCAUUUCAACGAGGUGCUGGAAGAAUAUCCCAUGAUGCGGAGGGCUUUUGAGACUGUAGCUAUCGACCGGCUCGACCGCAUCGGGAAGAAGAAUUCGCUCCUGCUGCAGAAGUUCCAAAAGGACUUGAAUGCUGGUGUCUUCAACACACAGGAAAACGAAAUCUUGAAACAAAUUAUCCGCCAGGACAGGGAGAUGGUGAUGAUGGUGGACCGCAAACAGUCAGUCACUGGGAUGAAUUCCACUCCAGCGUCUGGAAACUCCAUCAUUAACUCACCAGCUCAGCCGUACGCCACUGCCCUGGUCAGCAACCAGUUACAGCAAUCUAACCUUUUGACCUCUGCAAGCAUGGCACAGCCCCCCCGGGUCCUCUCUGCCGCAGGCCAGGCCAUCUACGGCGUCUCCAGUGUAUCCCACGGCAACCUCAACUCCACAUCCCCCAACCUACAAACACCUCUCCAGCAGCAAGGAGCAAUUAUAUCCCCCUGUUCCUUUACCACAGCCAUGUCCAGCCCCACGGUGCAGACGCCACUUGGUGGCGGGCGAACAUUUCAGUACGGCUCACCUACUGCCUCCCAGCUCUCCCUAAUACAGCAGCCAAUGGCACCUUCAUCAACACAACAGGCACAGCAAACAGCCCAGUCUACACCCCAGCAACAGCCGCAGCAGCAGCAACAACAGCAGCAGCAAGUCUCGUCUCCGCAGAGAAGCGACAUGCACAAAAGCACGCAGGCCCUGCAGUCCGGCAGCCUGAGCAGAGACAUCCGUCACCUCUCUGCCUCCCAGCCGUCCCUGCCGCACGAGACCACGCCGCUGUCCCGGCCACACCCCACAUCCGGAGAAUCCCUGGCUUCCAUAGCCCCACCUUUGUCCACGGUGCAAGGGCCGGGAGUGCAGAGUGGAAUCCGAAACACCGUCCCACAGCGAGUCAGUCUAUUUCGGCAGAUGUCCUCUGGAGCGCUGCCCCCGGUUCGCGGUACGCCCUCCACAGCCCAGCACAGAGAUUCCACAGGUUCUCGAAGAGAGUCCACAGUCUUAAGUAGUACAGAAACAGAGCAAGACAAGAUGCGCUUUGCAUCAAAUUUAUGAUCCCAUUUUCCUUUUUAAUAUUAUGUUUUAAUUCAUUUUUAUGGAGACAAAAUAACAGAAAAACAGAAUGGAUUUUAAUAUUUUAUUUUUUUUCUCCAGUUUAUUCAGAACAAAAAAAAAUCUAUAAAUAUCCUGUACAUAUUUACCUUGUAUUAUAUUUUAGACACAUUCCCCUACAACUUAAGAAUGUAUAUUCAAAUAUAUGUGUACAUCUACUUAAAAUAUUUGGAGUUAAUUAACUUUAAAACUAGAAUAAUAACUAGUCUUCCUUUCUGAAGUAUAUGAAUAAAAAAAAAGAUUUUAGCUUGUUUAUUUUUUGUUACUGGAAUGCAGUCAUAUCAUCUUUCAGAUUUUCCUUUUUUUGUGGGUGGGGGUGCUAGAUAGGAAGGGGAAAAAACGCAGCCAUAGCAUCACUGUGGAAAGAAUAACAUGGAAACAUUAACACCAAAAAAACUGGAAAUUCAUAAAGGACACAUGUAAAAUGCGCUGUUGGGGGAGCAGGGGGGCAGUGACUUUUAGCAAUUCAUUGUGUUAACAUUCUCAAAUAGUGAGAACCUGACAGCAUUAUGGGUGCAAAGGGAAUACAUGAUUUACUUGCUGCUUCAAUGUUUUUUAGAAAAAGAAAAAGAAAAAUGUUUGCAAGGAGUAGGUUAGCUGUUUUUUUUCUGAUUAUAAUUUCAGAUGGAAAUGGAGAUUAUGUAAUGUUUAGUAAAUAAAUAUAUACAUUUGUAAUAUUUAUAAACUAAAACUUAUCACCAUUAUGCAAUAGACUGUGAUAACAAUUAUCUAUAUGUGUGUUGUAAAUAGUUUUGUAGAUGUACUGUAGUGUGUUACAGUUACUCUGUGGUGCAUUCUCAAUCAUGACGUGUCAUUUCUGUCAGGAACAUAAUAUCAUCAGCGUAUGCGUAUUAAAAUAAUAGGGAUGUAACAAAAACACACAAAAUGCACAAACUUAGAUCUUAGUAAACCUUGAAGCAAUUGCUCAUUUUUGCACAUACCUUUUCUGUGUUUGAGGUAGGGCAAGCCUGAGAACAAAAGUCAACAUACCUGACAGAAAAGCAUCUUCACUCAAUGCACCAUAAAUUAGGCUAAUUUGGUCCAAUAGUUUCAGUGAUAUUAGAAAUGUGUUCAGACCGAAGUUACAUACAACAUCUGAGUGAAUUAUCUUGAUAGCUCAACAGCCUUUUCACUGGAAACAGAAACAUCUGCUGAAUACUGAAUGGACCAUCACAAUUGUGUACAAUUGUAUAAAUAAAAAAGAAAUAAAAGAUUAGCUAUUUUUUUUAAAGACCAACAUUUACCAAUAAUUUACUUGAAACAAUGAAAAGACAAGUCUGCUUAAUAAAAGGAGCUGGUCUGUAUUAAGGUUUAUCUCUUCUAUCUGUGUAUCUAUCAUACAGUAUAAUGACACCAAGCUGACUAGUUACUGUUUCAUUCUAGUUUGUGUUUUCCAUGUUUUGAAUCAAAUUAAUGAAAUCCAUACCAAAGAAUGGCACCAGUUUGUCCAUUCAGUACACCUGAACAAAUUAGAACCUUGAUUAUGACAACCAAUUUUGAUAAACAGUAUAUAUUCAUGCAAUUUUUCGGCAAACUUUCUUUUCUGUAAGCAACUGUUGUUUCACAAUAUUUUAAAAUGAGCUUUGGUUAUGAAAUCAUAAUUAAACUAAGUCUGGCCAUUUUUUCAGUAAUAUUCAUUCCAUUAAUUCCUGAGACUCAGCAGUGUCAAGUAAUCAAAUGGCUUUGGAAUAAUAUAAUAAGAUAAACAGACUGGAUUUGAGGGUCAGCUUGUGGUGUCAAGCAACAGAAAGAUUUAGAAGAUUUCAACCCAUGUCAAUCAAAUCCCAUUUUCAUAUGUUGAAGCAUGCAUUGUCACAAAUAUUACAAAAUACUAUUUAAAAUGUUGACGUUAAUCGUAUUGUGAAAUUAUGUUUUUGUUUGUUGCCUAGACAAUAUGUAGACAUUAUUUGUGUGUAUCUGAAGCAUUGAAUUGUCACAAAGGACAUUUUAAGUAUUUGUGCCUAAACUUUAGCCAUGUUUCAUUCUUUUUUAUGAGUGUGAGGCAUAUAUAUGUACAUAUGUGCAUGCACUCAGUCAUAUGUGUAACAGUAUUUUUGAAGGAUGAUGGCAAAAAAGAUGGCCAAAUAUAUAUUAUCAUUUAUAAUCGAUGGAUAUUAAUGAAUAUCAGUAAGUGUAAAAGAUGGAAUGAAUCUGUUUAAGAAUUCCAUUUGUCUGCAUGAAUUGACAUACUUCAAAAAAUUACGAAACAUCGUGCAGAUGACAAAUUCUAGUAAUUUGGCACUUUAUUACUUGUAUCUAGUCACUUCAGUGGAUAUAAUAAUGUGUGAAAUGAAACUGGCCAAAGCAAACCACUUAAAGUAUAUAUUUAUUGAAAAUUGCACUUUCUUAUUAAAAAAUAUCUGCUGUUAUCAAUAUUUAGUUUAAGAUUGUUAUUAGAGAUAUAUAAUAUAGUUAAAAAUUCCUUGCCUUACAUGCUGAAAGGUGAAACAUUUUUUAAUUUCAACCAAUCUUAUGCUAUUGCCAUAGUGUGUAAAAAUAAUACACAUACAGUACAUUCAACAGCAGUGCUAUACUGUUUUAACAUUUGCCUUCAGGUAUCGCCUGUGUUUUCCCUAUUUUUUUCACGACUUUGACUACCGCAAGCAUUCUGUAAAGGGCAUUAUGUUAUUUAUUUAUGAUCAACUCAGUAAAAACAGAUAGUUUCAUGGUAUGAAGAUAUUAAACGAACCAGCAGAAAAUAAACAGUAACUGGAUUACAGGAAUACAGUAGAUUUAAUUGGCAUGUUUGGUUUACAAAUUUACAGUAGAAUGUUUUAAUUUAUAUACCAAGUGGGAAAAGGGGCAGACAGAAUAAGUCACAUACUCUUCUUAAUAACUUGCUGACAAUUAUUCUUGUGCUCAUUGAUACAGUGUACACUUGAUACAGUGUAAGGACCGAUAAAUGCUUCUUUCUUAAACAAUAUGCAGACGAACGGUGUUUGUCAACAAUUUUUUUGUUUUAUUUUGUUUGUAAAUAAUAAACCUUUCAAAUAGAGAGAAAAAAAAUAAAAAGAAAUAUUGUCAUUUAA